GGAGUAGGCGGAAGUAUGCAGCGGGCCGCGGCGUGGGGCUGGCGGCUGGCGCGAGCCUCGGUCCCUGGCACUGCUUCUGGCUCUCGUCAGGGAUGCAUCCGAGACGGCAUCGGGAAGAGGCAGCCGUGGCCCGGUCCGACGGGCGGGCUGCGGUGCUGGCGGCGCCCGCUGAGUUCCGGGCCAGACUCGGGGCCCCUGCCUGCCGCUGCGCUGGGCCGGGUACAGGCCUCUCACUACCAGCUGGUCUACACCUGCAAGGUCUGUUGGAUGAGGUCAACUAAAAGGAUCUCCAAGCUUGCCUACCAUAAUGGCGUGGUGAUUGUGACAUGUCCCAGCUGUCAGAACCAUCAUGUCAUUGCUGACAACCUGGGCUGGUUUUCAGACCUGGAUGGGAAGAAGAACAUUGAAGAAAUCCUGGCAGCUCGAGGAGAGAAGGUGAGGCAUGUGACGGGUGAGGAGAUUCUUGAAAUUGUUUCAGAGGCUGAGGAUGGACCAAAAUCUGCUUCGCCCUCCGAGGGGGAUAGUGUCUCAGACCCUACAGAUGCCACAAGAAAGGACCCAACCUGAUUCAGAGGAAAUGUUGGCUUUUUUCCAUUUUCUCCAUUUUAUUUUAUGCUGGAAAAGAAAGCGAUCUUUGCUUGGUGUUGCCUUUGUUUUUAUAAACAAAAAUUAAUCACCUUCAAAUUUCAGUGUACAGUGUCAGUUUUGAGAUUUCAUAAGCCAUUUGGAUUCAGGUAUUAGAACUCUGAGAAAAAUCAGAACUCUGGGAAUAUUCUUAGGCCUUGGGUACCCUCCACACUGGCCUGUAUGGGCCCCAGGGUACUCAAGUCAUAGACAUAUGCCUUCUUCACAAUAAUCAGAAUAAUGUUGUGAUACAUUUGUAUAGUUCAGGAAAUAGCAGCUUGCCAAAAGUGGCUGUGUGGGUGGGAGGCGGUCUGGCCUGACCCCUGUAUUUCAGGCAAUGGGAGGUUAGUGUGUGUGUAGUGGUCACACAUCCAGAGGGAGCUGAGGUCUCAGUCUGAGUGAUUUUGUUUAAAACUUCUCUGUCCCCUUUUUUAUUUCUUGCAUUACCUGUUUCCACCAGUUAAGCCAGGGAUUUGGUUUAACAAGUAUCCUCGUUCAUUGUUAUCAUCUACCAAAAAUAAAUAAGCCUUUAUUAAGUGC